CCGGUUGGCUCCCCCGCCGCCGUCCGCCGGGCCGCGCCGCCUUCCCAGCUCCACUUGCCUUCGGUGCCCGGCCCUCUGGCCGCUCGCCGUCCGCCCGUCCUCCUCCCUCCCUGCGUCCCGCCCCGUCCAGCCCCCGGCAGCCGGGCUCCCACAGGCCGCCCCGCCGCUCGCGUUCCUAUGGACAGACGCACAGACACCUGCAGGAAAGACACUGCUGAUCCUGUAACAUGGAGGAUUGUCUUCAUACCUCAUCUGAAAAUCUGUCCAAAUUGGUCAGCUGGGCCCACAGCCAUGGGACCAUUUGCAGCCUCAUUCCAAACCUGAAACAUUUGCUUUCUGAAGGUUCCCAUGGGAACCUAACCGCAAUGUGGGGCUGCAGUGCUGGUCAUGCUUACCACUGGCCACUGACAGCUACUUGCAGAGCUGGAUCCCAAGAGAGGGUCUGUUUCCAAGACAACCGAAGUUUUAACUCUGAUAGCCCUAGUAUAAUCGGGGUGCCUUCUGAGACACAGACUAGCCCUGUUGAAAGGUACCCUGGGAGAGCUGUGAAAACAAAGCUAGACUGUAACCGGACCAGAGACUCUUGUGACUUCUCCUAUUGCAGUGAGCCCUCAGAGGUGGAUGAAGCUGUGGAAGAGUAUGAAGAUGAAAACACCCUGUUUGAUAUGGUUUGUGAGUCUUCCGUUACCGAUGAGGAUAGUGACUUUGAACCCCAAACCCAAAGACCUCAAAGCAUUUCUCGCAAAAGGCCCAUAGUUCCAUCUUCCCUCCAUUCAAGUUCCCAGACACAGAUGGUUGAUGAAUGCAGUAAUGAUGUCAUCAUCAAGAAAAUCAAACAAGAGAUUCCAGAAGAUUACUACAUUGUAGCAAAUGCAGAACUGACUGGAGGGGUAGAUGGGCCAGCCCUUUCAUUGACCCAAAUGGCAAAACCCAAGCCUCAGACUCAUGCUGGUCCUUCCUGUGUAGGGUCUGCUAAGCUGAUUCCCCAUGUAACAUCAGCCAUCAGCUCAGAACUAGACCCACAUGUUAUGUCAGCAUCCCCCUCUGUGAUCUCCAGACCACUCAUCCCAAAGACUGCCAGGGUAUCUCUGGCAUCACCAAACAGAGGACACCCUGGUACCCAUGGCACCAACCAGCAGGUGGCCAUGCAGAUGCCUGUGAGCACAUCUCAUCCUAACAAACAGAUCAGUAUUCCUUUGUCUGCCCUGCAGCUGCCUGGACAGGAUGAGCAAGUUGCUUCUGAGGAGUUCCUGCCUCAUCUGCCCAGCCAGGUCUCGUCCUGUGAGGUAGCCCUUUCUCCUUCCGUUAACACAGAGCCGGAAGUGAGCUCCAGUCAGCAGCAGCCCCCAGUCGCUCCAACUAUAACCACUGAGGCCACAGCACAGUGCAUACCAGACCAGGAUGAAAGAGCAGCUGAGCUCAGCAGGGAGCAGAAUGAGAAAACCAUCCGGAGCACGCAGACUGCGCUCCGCAAUUUCCGGGAGUUCCUCAUCUCCAAGUACCCUUCGGAAACCCGAGAGAUUUAUGUCAUCCCUUGCAAGGAGUUGGAUGCCUACCUUGCCUCUUUCUUUGUUGAUGCCAGGCAGAAAGAUGGGUCCGAGUACGAACCCAACAGCCUGGCGAAUUAUCAGUGUGGGCUAGAACGGUACCUGAAGGAACACAGGUAUGGCUACAGUAUCACCAGGGACAAGGAGUUUAAGCGCUCCCAGGAGGCCCUGAAACAGAAGCAAAUCGAGCUCCGCUGCAAAGGCAAAGGAAACAAGCCGCACAAGUCCAUGAAGCUCACCUUCGCGGAUGAGCUCAUCCUGCGCAAAAGAGGGCUGCUAAGCCGGUACAACCCGGAGGGUCUGCUCAACCUCGUCUGGCUCAACAACACGAAAGCCUUCGGCCACUGCACGGGCUUCCAUGGGUCUACCUUGAAGUGGGGCGACAUCCGGCUCCGAGUCACAGAAACGGGCCUAGAGUACCUGGAGUGGAUGGGUCAAGACACUGGUGACCUGAACGCCAAAACCAAGAGAGGGGGCACGGACUCACGUGUGUAUGCCACCCAGCACGCCCCACAGACCUGCCCGGUGCAGGACUAUAAGGAGUAUGCCCAGAGGCGGCCCCCUGCCAUGCGCUAUGAGGAUGCCCCCUUCUACCUGUCCAUCAAGCCAGUGGUGAACUUGGCGGCUCUGCACUGGUACAACUGCCAAGCCCUGGGCAAGAACAAGCUGGCCAAGAUGGUGAAGACCAUGUGCGAGAAGGGCAACAUCCCCGGCAGGAAAACCAACUUCAGCGUGUAUCAGAGCUGUAGCACCUUGUCGGAGGCCCAGAGCAACCAGCUGGUACUCAUCUGCAACAACCUAAGCCAGCAGGCCGCCCAGUCAGUGGCCGGCCACUCCAACAGUGGCAAUUUCAUCGUCUCCGCCUCCUAUGACUCCUCCUCAGACACUGCUUGACCAGGUGGCUUGAGCAAGAACCCAGUUUGAUUAUUGGGUCCUGAGAAACUGUGAUUAACCACCACUCCUCCUUCCCUUCCGUCUGCCCUCAGUGUUAAUUAACUUUAUAAAAAUAUAAAUAUAUAAUAUAUUUUUUCUUUUUACAAAUAAGACAGUGGCAAUAGUUUAGUAUUACUGCCAUAGUAUUUAUAGCUUAAAAGCAAAUAUGUACUUGUGAGUGAUUACAUGUUAAUUACUGUUACAGACUUGACAAAACUUUAUCAUGGUUCUCAGGCAACAGGAGAGAAAGAAUUUGGUUU